AUGAAUCGACUCAGUUCUUAGCCAAAAACUACCAUCCAAACAAAAAUGACACCUAUUGAAUACAUGCUACACAAAAAUAUUCCAAUUCCUAAUCAAGCAAAACAUCCUCAUUCUGAUUUAGAACCAAAUUUACAUAAAUCAGAUCCUAUACAAUAAUCUAUUAAUACUAAUACACUUUCUUCAUCCCAUUAAUUUGAACUUAAUAAUUUAAAAAAACUAUUAGAUGAGAAGACAAAAGAAAAUUAAUAUCUAAGAUAAACUGAAAAUCAAUACAAAAUACUAUCAAUUUAGUAUUAAGACACCAAUUAAAAUCAUUAAAUUGAAUUAAAAUAACUAUUAGAAUAAUUAGAUACUUAUAAAUAAAGAACAAAUCAAUUAAAAAUUCAAUUAGAAGAAUAUAUUCAUUAAAUUAAUUUGGGUAAUCAAAAAUAUUAAGAAUGUUACUCUUAAAAAGAAGAAUUAUAAAAAAAUCUUAAAGAUUAAUAAUAAUAAUAUGAAAAUUUACAAAUUUAUGUUUAAAAUAAAUAAAAAGAAUUCAUAUAAUUAUAAGAUAGAAUUAAUAAUUUAGAAAAUAUUAAUGAAUUAACUUAUAAUUCAUUAUCUAAUGAUAAUUAAAAGAGAUCAUAAAAUGAUACUCAAAUUAAAGAAAUUAAUUUAUUAAAUUAAAUCAAAAAGUUAGAAAAUAGAAAUUCUGAAUUAGAAAAUAAAUUAUCUUCUUAAGAAAUUGAAAGAAUGCAUUAUAAUUAAAAUGAUAAUGAUAUUAAAUAUAUUAAAAUUGAAAAUGAAUAAUUGAAAUAAAAUUAAUAAUAAAUGAUGUUAUAGAUACAAUAAUACAAAAAUAUAUAGAAUUAAUCAAAAAUUAAGGAAGAUAGUAACAUUAAAGAUAAAAUGAGAAUUAUAGUAUUGAAUACUGAAAUUGAAAGAUUAUGGUCAGUAAUAGAAGAUUGUGAACAUAGAAAUUAAACAUAAAUUCAAUAGAUAGAACAUCUUAAACAAUAAAUCGAUUUAUUUGAAUAACGAAAUUUAUAAUUUGAAUAAGAGUAAAUGAGAAAAUUAUAAUAUGAAUAAGAUAUAUUGUUAUUAUAAUAGCAAUAAGAUUAUUGGACAUAAAAUCAAAAAGAACUCUAAAAUAAAUAUACUUUAUUAUCUACAGAACUUGAAAGAUUAAAUAUAAUUUUAAGAGAAAAAGAUAUAAUGUAAAGUAAGUAUUAAUAUGAAAUUGAAUCAUUAAGUAAAUAAUUAGAAUAAAAAUAGAAAGAAGUAUAAAAGUAAUAGAAUACAAUUAUAGAAAUGGAAAUUGAGAUAAAUAAUUAUUAAUAAGAAUCAAUGCUUCUUAAUAGUGAUAAUGAUAAUUUAAAUAUGAGAAUUACUAAUAUGGAAGAGGAUAUGAAUGCUUAAAUUAUAGAAUUAACACAAAAUUUUAAAAGAGAAACAUAAAUUAAAGAAUAAUAACUUAAAUAAUUAUAAUUUUAGAAUAAUGAAUUUGAAAAAUUAAUACAAAUUUUAAAAUAAGAAUAAAAUAUCAUAGAUUUUUAAAAAGAUGAUGAAAAUAGAAAAUUAUAAGUUAUUGAAAAUGAAAGAAUUAUUUUACUUUAAGAAAUUAAAGAUUAUUAAUAAUAAUUGUAAUUUAAUUAAAAAGAAAAUAAUAAACUAAAAGAAGAUUUAAUUAAAGAAAGAAUGAAAAUAGUAAUUUUUGCAAGUGAAAUAGAUCGAUUAUGGUAAGUAAUUGAAGAUUUCACAAAUAAUUUAAAAGCUUAUGAAGAAUAAUCAAAUUUAUAAAAUGAAAAAAUACAUUCCUUAACAAAAUCAAUAUAAUAAUAUUAAAAUGUUAUAUCUAAACAAGAUUAAGAUAGGAAAUAAUAAAGUAUAAUCAUUAAUUAAUCUUUGGAAUCUAAAAUAACACUUUUAUCGAGUGAAUUAGAGAGAGUUCGAGAUCUUUUAAAUGAGGAGUAAGUUAAAGGAUAUGAAUAUGAAAUUAAAUAAAAGACAUACCUUUAAGAAAUUGAAGAACUUUAUACAUAAAUUGAUAUAUUUUAGUAAGAAAUAUCAAAUUUAUAAAAAAAUGGAUUAGAAUCUAAUGAUUUGGAAAUGAAAUUUUAAGCUGAAAGAAUGUCUUGGGAAACUUAGAAAUAUUAAUUGAAUAAUUAGAUAUAAGAUAAUGAAUAGAGAAUAAUAAUGUAAUCUUAAGAAAUUAAGAGAUUGAAUAUUGUUGCAGAAGAACGAAUUAACGAAAUAGAAAGUUUAAGAUUACAAUUAAGAAAUUAAUAAUAGUUUAAUGAUUAUGAUUAAUUAAAAUAGGAAUAUACUCUAUUAGAAUAGUAAAUUAUGGAAUAUGAAUAAAGUAAUUUAAAAUUAAAGGCUAACUUACUUACUUUGGAAAAAUAAAAUUAAUUAUUGGAUUUAUAAUUGUAAGGAAAAAUAAAAGAGAUGGAUGAAGCUUAUAAUUUGUUGAAUAAAUAAAGGAAAUAAAGUGAAUAAGUUAACAAAGAGGCUGAAAAUCAUCGUAAAACUUUUACUUUAUUAUAAUAAUAAAAUAGUAAUUUAGAGAAUUAAAUACAAUGUUUUUAAGAAUAAAUUCAUAAGAUUUAUAGUGAAAAUGAAAAUUUGUAAUUAUUAUUUUUAUUAAGAUAGAUUAUCAUAAAUGUAAUAUUUACAAAAUUGUUUAUUAGAUAGAGAUUUAAUAGUACAAAGUAAGAAUUAAGAAUUGAGUGAGAAAAUAAAAGAAAUUGAUCAGAUGAAAAUUAAAUAUGAAUAGAAAAUUAAUGUUUCUACUUUGUAAUCAUCAGUUGUUCGUGUAUUUUAUUUAUAAAUUUAAAAUAGAGUUCUUCUUUAACAAGAUAAAUAGCAAAAUCUGAAUAGGAAAACAUUUUUUCAGAAUCUUUUUCAAAGUCCAAAUAUAUUUCGACAUCAAUUAUAUCAAGACCUCCUAGAUAAGCUAUGGCUAAAAUUGAUACAGAAAAUAAUAAUUAAUAUUAAUGA